AUGAAGACUGAAGAAUGUGAGAAGCUAGAGCAAGAAUUGAAGAGGUUGAAGGUGGAGAAUAAGGUUCUUGAUAGUAGUAAGCUCUUGGAAGAAUUUAUCAACAUGGAGAAAGCUCAUUCAAACAAGACUGGACUUGGAUUUCAGCCUGGUGAAUGUUCAAAUCAUAAUGACAAAGACAAAUGCAAAGAGGUUAAGGCAGAAGAAGAGAAGAAAUUAGAAGAUAGCAAAAUCCAGAAUCAGAGUACUAAUGCAAGAAGGCCACCGGUUCAUCAACCGAAUGCACAAAGGUACCCAUCUUUUAUUGGUUAUUAUUUUCAAUGCGGUAAAUUUGGUCAUGAAUAUGCAAAUUGUAGAAGCAUUCAGUGUUAUAAUUGUAAGAGGUUUGGUCAUAAAGAAAAUUACUAUCAGAAUCAUAAUCUGGUUGGAGGAAAUGAGGUAUAUAAUAACUUUCAUAGAUAUUUCUAUACAUGCACUAGUUAUGGUCAUAAAGCUAAUCAGUGCAUAUCUAGAACUCUUUCGGUGAAUUUAGUGAAGAAGAACAUCAGUUGUUACAAAUGCAAGCAAUCUAGACAUUAUGCUAAUCAAUGCAGAAAUGGAAAUAUGGAUAAAUCUACUGAGAAGAAUGGAAUGAAUAAUGAUGGAUCAAAGAAGAAAGAAAAUUUGGUUUGGAGAAAGAAGGAGGUGGAUAAUGGAAGCAAGCAUGGCAUACCAGAAUCUAGUGUAGGCACGCACCUCUUCCUCUGGUAUCUGAGCAUAUUUCUUCGGCUCAAGAAGAACAUUUGA